AUGGAUAUAUUCGGCCGUUGCAACGGCGGCGGUGGCGGAAGCACGGUAUCCGGAAGCGGCGCUGGCUCGGUGAGGGGGUCCAGCAACGAGUCGAGCUGUGGAACAGGGAGUGCUGCCAGCGAGAGCGGCGCAACCAACGACAGGAUGCAGUUGACAGGGGCCUCGGCUCCUGGCGCUGCCGCCUCGCCGGAGUCGGGCGUCUCUCCUUUGACCGAUGCCUACACCAAGAUGACCAGCGACAUCCUCGCCGAGAGGACCCUCGGUGACUUCGUCAGCGAGCAUCCUGGAGAACUCGUACGGACAGGUUCGCCUCACUUGGUCUGCAGUGUGUUGCCAGCUCACUGGAGGUCCAACAAGACUCUUCCAGUAGCUUUCAAGGUGGUGGCUCUUGGCGAGGUCGGCGAUGGCACUUUGGUCACCGUUCGUGCUGGUAACGACGAGAACUGCUGUGCUGAGCUGAGGAACUCAACCGCUCUGAUGAAGAACCAGGUGGCCAAGUUCAACGAUCUUAGGUUCGUCGGCAGAAGUGGCAGAGGGAAGAGCUUCACGUUGACCAUCACCGUGUCCACGACGCCACCGCAAGUCGCCACGUACACGAAGGCCAUUAAAGUAACUGUGGAUGGGCCGCGAGAACCGCGAUCCAAGACCAGGCAGCAGCAGCAGUUCCACGCGUUCGCGUUCGCGUCGCAAAGGGGAGGGCCGUUUUUCGCCUCGCCGCUGGUGGACCCUUUGCAACCCUUGCCGAAUCCCCUUCAGCCGCUGCCGAAUCCACUGCAGCCGCGGGAUCCGUUGUCUUCCUUCAGGCACGCGAUGCCAGGCAACUGUCAAAACAUGUCCCAGUUCGGUCUGUCUGCAAGCAAUUCGUGGGGAUACGGAAGCACGGCCGGCUACGCUGGUUACCUUCCUGGCCCUUUGUCGUCGUGUGCCGCACAAGCGUCCUUCCCGCCCCCGCCGCCGCCACCUCCGCCGCCGCCGCCGUCGUCCUCGUCGUUGGCAUCUUUCGCGGGCGCCGCGUCCAUGAACACGCCGACGGCGCCCGACUCGACGGCGGGAUCCACUGUCACUUCCGGCACCGGUGCAGGAUCCACCGCGCAGCAGGAUGCCUUCUCAGCCGUCUCAUCUCGUAAGUCGUUCACGCCUCUAACUUUCGUUUUUCCCUUCCUUCGUCAGAUGCCAGCGAUUCGUUUAUUCCUUCGACGCGAAUUUUUGUUUCAUCGCCGGUACUGAAGCUUACUGCAGGGGGACCAUAGUGGUUUAAAAUUGAAUCAUUUAAUCUUGGAAUUUUCAAUUUUUAUUUCAAUUUUGUUCAGAUUCUUUCUUCAGAGAAUUUUUGAUCAGUUCAAUCGCGGAGAAUGUGAAUGAUCUUAUUAUUUAUUAUGAUGGGCAGUGUUAGGUUCCAAAAUUAAGUCGAACAGUUUGUUCAAUCGUUUGAGGCAUCGUUUAACUUUUAGUUGAUAGCGUAGAAUCACAGGGUGAAGAUUUAAAGUUAAGUUCUUUAAUUUUUGAAUUUUCAGUUUCAUUUAAUUUUAUUAUUCAUCUUCAUCAGGCAGAAUGUGGAGUACAAUAUAAAAUUACGGACUAUCUAAAUUUUAAUAAUCUAACAUAAAUUUUAUAAACGUCUAUUAUUUGAAGAUACUGUCGGCACUUUUUUGACACUUAAAAUUUCUCUUCUCUCUUCUCAAUAAUUUGGAUAAUUUUGUGUCAAUAAUAAUUAUCAAAUACGUAAAAGUAGACAAACUGAAUUAUUACGAAUCUUUUAGUUGUAAAGGAAUAGUUAGUCCUUCUUAUUUCUUUUUGAAAAUCCUGGAAAAUGCUUCUGUGAUUAAAAAAAUUAAAUAAACGGUAAUAGUAUGGGAAGUUCCACAGACUAUGAUAAUUCAUUCGUUUUUUUCAUUGAAAUUAUGAUUUUCUAAAGUAUUUUUUGAAAUAAAUUUCACAGCGAUUUAUAGUAUAUUCUAGUUGUACAGAGUUGGUAGAUUUAGGUAUUUCAUUUACAGAGCCCAAACAUACGUAAAUCAAAUGCACCCGUACUUCCUGUUAAACUAUUGUAUUAAUAGAUGAUAGUCCAAUGUUUAUAACAAGUACUAGUGCAUUUGUAAUCGAUAUCGUAGCAUUUCGUAAUCAACGAUGA